AUGACCGCCGCCUCGUUCCGGUGCCUACCGCAGCCGCUGCAGCUCGCAAUCGCUGCCGCUGCCUCUCGUCGUCGUCGGCCGCCGUCUCCACUCGUCUGUCCGUAUGAGGACCUGCGCUGCUCGAUCUGCUUCGACAUCCUGUGCUUCCCCGUUACGCUGCCCUGCGGACACAACUUUGAUCGCGGCUGUAUCUUGACAGCAUGGGCACAUGGCUCGACUUUGCUGUCGCCGUCCCGUCGAGCUCCUGGCCUGCCGCAGCGCGCCCACUUGUGUCCACUGUGUCGACAACAAGCUGGCAUUCAUUCAGCAGAAGCGUUGCAGGUGAAUUUGCUGCUCAAGGCGCUCAUUGCGUCGUUGUAUCCUGCCGAGACCCAGAUGGCAACUAUUCCGGCCAAACAACAGGGUCCGCGCGUGACGCUGCUGCCACCGCUGGCUCCGCGCACAAAUGGAGGCAGUGCACUCACGACCAACACGGCAGCUUCGGCGUUCCGUCGACGGCCAAGUCUCCGCACGUUUUCGUCCUUCAUUUACGUGUGUGCAGCGUCAGUCACUGACCCGCCCGGCUUUGUCCUCGCAGUGUUGCUGCUACUGAUACUUGUGGCGACAGCUUGCAGUCCCCAACCGGCAAGUGCACCGCCAGCGGCCUCUGCGAUGAUCAUGUUUGACACGAUGGAUCGCGUGUGUAACGGACUGUCGUUCGUUAUCCACCGGAUCUCGAUGCAAAUGGAUCAAUUGGAUCAGGUCUCGCCGUGGAUCCGCCUGCUCUCGUACGUGCUCUAG